AUGACUACUGCCAGGAAGAAAUUCAUUGAGAGGUUGGAUCAGGCCAUGGCUACUGCUGAAAAGAUGGUCCCAGAGGACCUGCUGUGCUCCUAUAAGGGGGUUUUGUACCCUGUUAUCCAUUGCAGUGCAGAAACUUUCAAAGCUCUCGAGUCCUUUGAAGCCAGGAGUGAUGAUGUGUUAUUAGUGGGAUACCCUAAAACAGGUACUAAUUGGAUUAUCCACAUCUUGAGAGACUUGGUUACAACAAGUGCAAAGAAAAAAGAAGAAGAAAUGAAGAGAAUGAAACAGGAUGAAGAAAUAGUUGAAUAUACAUAUCUUGAAUUUGGAGAUCCAGGGAAGUUUCAGCGGAUAAAGAAAUUAUCUUCCAGAAGAGUUUUCGCAACACAUGUUUUUCCUCAUAUGCUACCCACAUCUAUUUUCAAGAAUAAUGUCAAGGUGAUGUUUUUUCGAAAUCCAAAGGAUAUAGCUGUAUCUUAUUUCCACUUUAGCAACAGCAUGCCUUCACUGCCCUCCUUCCAAACCUGGGAUGAGUUCUUCAAUGCUUUUCUAAAUGGAAAAGUGUCCUGGGGCUCCUAUUUUGACCAUAUCAUUGAAUGGAACAAGCAUUUUGAUGAUGAAAAUAUUAUGUUUAUAACUUAUGAAGAACUGAAAGAGAACCCAAAUUUGGGAGUGAAAAAAAUAGCUGAGUUCUUUGGGUUCUCCGUGACUGAUGAAGAGAGUCAAGCUGUUGCAGACAGGAGCAGCUUCCAGACUAUGAAAGAGAACUCCCACAAAACCCAUGGUGCACUUGGAAAUGUUCUCUUCCGCAAAGGCAGUGUUAGUGACUGGAAGAACCUUUUUACUGAAGCUCAGAACCAAGAAAUGGACAAAAAGUUUGAAGAGUCCUUAGCAGGAACUAAACUGGGAGCAAAGAUGAAGUAUGGGGUGUACUGCAAAGCAUGA